UUCCCAAUCGAAAAACCCAAAAAAAAAUUAGGGAGAUAGGAGAGAGAGAGAGAGAGAGAGAGAGGAAAAAAAAAAUCCAGCCUUUGUAUAGGCAUUAGCCGUUUCUGUAGAUAAAGAUGGCCUUGAACUUCUCUCAUCGUCCGGUUUUCGCCGCCCAUCUACCGGAGGACAGCUUGGUGUCCCCGAUUAGGAUCGCCAAUCGGUGCAUUGUGGAGGGUGUUUCGGAGAAUAAGGUGGAUGGUGCCGAUAUGACCUGGCUCUUGGAAGGGGAUGUUAAGGAUCGUUUGGAUUAUGGGAGGGGUAGGUGUGAUGGGGGUGGGUGCUCUCAGGAUUCGGUUUCCGGCGACAUCCUCGACCUCUUGCCUUCCGAUCCAUUCGGGAUGGAUAUAAGCACCACUUUUACGGCUAUAACUGGUUGGCUUGAGGAUUUGGAGAUGAAUUAUGGUGGCUACGCAAGUGAUUUUGCUGGGGCUAGUCCUGAUGAUUACCAUCUGUUUGCGGGAUUGAAUUUUAUCUGGAACAAUGCAUUGAGAUUCCAGGCUUUUCCCGGAACAAUCGGGUUUAAUACCGAUUCUAGUCCGUUCAGCAGCAUGUGUCCUCACUACGGGGUGAAGGAAUGUGCGCAUGGCUCCUGUGAUGUUGGUUUCGGUUCAAUUAGUGAAUUUUCUGGUUAUCCUGAUUCCUUGGAAGCAGGAGAUGCAUCUUCCUUUGAUCUGGGUUCACCAAGUGGACAUCAUGGGUGUUCAGAGGAGGUCAUGAAGGGACAGGACCCUUGUGAUGGGGAGUUUGGAUUGACAAAUGCACUUGGGGGAUUAUCUGAGGUUAUGGAGUCGGGACAGGUAUCCUGCCAUGUUGGCUUUGAAUCAGUAAGUGGCUGCGAUCAAUGUCCUGAGGUGAUGGAAGAUGUAAAUGCACCCUACCAUCUUGGCCUCGUAUGCAUUGGUGGAUUUGGCAGGUGUUCCCUGGAGAACGGAGUUUCUGGGGUGUCUGAUGACAUGGAUGGCUUAUUUCAUGGAAGCAGUGGAAGCUCCGGGUUUCCGGACAACCACUCAAGUAAAGACCCUGAGCUUUCUGCUGGAACUUGUUCCUUUGUCAACGGAGAAAUGCCUCACUUAGCAUUUUCUUUGGCUCUUGGUUAUCUGGGUGUCCGGGAUCUUCUCGCUGUCGAGAAUGUUUGCAAAUCAUUUCGUUCUACAGUUCGAAAUGACCCCUUCUAUUGGAGGAAUCUACAUAUACAUCAUCCUCUGAAUGACAAGAUUACUGAUGAAGUUCUUCUGCAAUUGACCGAUAGAGCUCAAGGUACUCUCCAGUGCUUGAGUCUGGUAGAGUGCCCAAGGAUCACUGAUGAUGGUCUGAAGCGUGUCCUUGACAGUAAUCCAAAGCUAACCAAGCUCUGUGUACCUGGCUGCACAAGACUUAGUAUUAAUGGCAUUUUGGAUGGCCUGAGAACAUUCAAGUUGAUGGGUUCCCUCAGAGUAAAGCAUAUUAGGAUUGGUGGGCUUUAUGGGGUAACGGAGGAACAUUUUGAGGAGUUGAAGUCCUUGUUGGGGAUAGCGAGUGAGAAGCAGCAGAACCUGAAUGCCCUCAAGCCAUAUUUCUAUCACAGAGAGAGUAUGUACUUAUCAUGUGAGGAUGAUCGUACCAUUGAUAUUGAGACGUGUCCGAGAUGCCAGAAACUGAGGUUGGUCUAUGACUGCCCUGCCGAGGUUUGUCAGGGUAAGGAACAUGCGUCUCAAGUAUGUAGGGCCUGCACACUGUGCAUAGCUCGGUGCGUUCAGUGUGGUCGGUGCAUUAAUGACAAUGAAUACGAGGAAACCUUUUGUCUGGAACUGCUCUGCUCAGAUUGUUCAAAGCAUCAAAUUCUGAAGCGCCACGAGAUUGAAGGUAGCGAUGUUGCUAUCUCAGAUUCUACUGCCCACCAUGAAGACCCACAGGGCUCCUCAAUCCGUGGCUGAUGAUCAUAUGUCAUUCUCACUUAGCGUGAUGUGGCGCAGCUUGGAACCAAGGUGUGAAGAAAUGGUUAGGUUUCGGUCUUGGAGCUGGAGGAUCUGUUCCGAUCGUUCCCUACAUGGAAUGCUUGGUGACUGAGCCAUUUAUGUGAAACACAGACGACAUGUCUGGCGACCCUGUGUGGUCAAUCUUCACACUGUGUACGGUUCGCACGCAGUCGGCUGUGUAUUUAUUUGGGUGCUAUCUUGAGAAAAGGGGGUUAGAAAAGGAAUAAAAAGAAAAUCUUUAGUAUAGUACUAUGUGACAUUUGAUUAGAGUUGAUAGGACUCAACCUAGGCAAUAAUCAUCCCGAGUUUACAAUGUCUCAAGGUGUUCGGCGAGCACUUGUUGUACUUGUAUUAGUUGAAUUGUUUACUCCCUAUUGUUAUUAUGGGUUUUCACUGCCUAGAACAAAUAAAAGAAGGUAUAUGUGGAA